ACUAGACUCUGAGGGUGAAAAAAACACCUUACAUGCCCCAAAAUUCAUAUUGGGUUUGGCAAAUCACCUUUUGCCACAUGCAACUUUGUGGUCAUCACUUAUGCUCGGGGAUCUUGGACGUCAUGGUACUGGCCCAGCUUACGAGCAGCUCAGUAAAACCCAUGGCAACAUUAGAAUGUCAAAGAACCAGAAUUACACACAAGACAACAGAACACAGGGAAUCAUGGAGAAAAGCCAGUGGGACCUGAAAAAAAUUCGUUUUCAAAAGAGGAGACUGACAAGGCUUGACGACUUUGUUAGAAUAUAUCAAAAAAUGCAUGAUGCCCUUCUCCUUGAAUAUGCAGACACAGAGAAGACAAGAAAGAAGUCUUUUCGAGUGGAAACUGAGAAAUGGAAAAACAAACGGAGCAAAAGGAAAGGUGUGUAUGUAUCACCAUUAGUGACUGGCCUGCCACUGAAGAAAAAGAAGUCAGAGAAGGUGGCACAAGAAUCACCAGCUCCACCUGAAAGGACACAGCAUCUUGAGGAAAACCCAGCAGGAUUGUCAGAGGGGACUGCAUUACAGGUCUCUACUCUGUGGAAAAAGAAGACAACAGAAGUGGUUGUUUCAGUGGUGCCAUCUCAAAUUCGAGGGAACAACCUCGUGAUACGUCACAGUGAGCUCCUGUCUCUUCGGCCACAUAGUUGGCUUGUAGGAGAGGUAAUUGAGUGUCUAUUGCACCAAUGCGCAAUUCAACUUAAUUUGGGAAACACAGUUUAUGUGAUGAACCACUACACAAGCGGCGUGAUCCUCUUUGGCAAGAGAGAAAUGAUCCGGAGACACAGUUUGUCAAAGGUAAACUUUGACAACUACAAAGCGAUCGUGUCAUUUGUAAAUAUCGGAAACAUACACUGGAAGUUUCUGUACAUCAAUGCAGCAGACAGUUGUCUGUAUUUGGUGGAUCCAACAAAAAAUUCAGCCGAAAAGCACGAGUCCGACGAUGCAGCCGAAAGAUUCCGUGAAUACUUCAAAAUGAGGAGGACAUGCCACAACAAAACAGACUGGGUGGAUGUUAAACUCAGAGGAGGAGUGAUGCCACAUCCCUGUCAACGUGAUGGAUCUAGCUGCGGGGUACUGGUCAUAAUGGUAUGUUAACACAUGAGUUGAAUUAAGGGGAAAAAAAGUACUGCAAAUUGAGACAAUAUUUAAUUGAUCUUUUUUGUUUUGUUCGUUAUAUUUGUAAUUAAAAUGAAAAUGCAUAGAAUAAUCAUAGUGCUUGACUUUAGAUGGCCAAAGCAGUAAUGAAAGCCUUCCCAGAGAAACCAAAGAUGAAAUUUGG